AUGCGGUUUCACAUUCUGACCCUGUUUCCAGAGGCAUUUGCCGGCGCUGCUGAAUACAGCAUGAUGGGGCGGGCAGUACAACGGGGACUGGUGUCGGUAAAUGUCGUGGACAUCCGCCAGUUUACCGAAGAUCGGCACGGCACCGCCGACGAUUACCAGUUCGGCGGCGGUCCCGGUAUGGUUCUGAAACCGGAACCCACCUUCGCUGCGGUCGAAAAAAUCCUGGCCUCCCUGCCGGCGGACGACGCGGCAAACACCCCCGUCGUGCUCACAUCGCCACAGGGCAGUCGGUUCAACCAGCGUCUCGUCGACGAGUUCGCGGCCGCGCCCGCCCUGGUUAUCAUCUGCGGCCACUAUGCCGGCGUUGACGAACGCAUCCGCACCAACCUGGCCACCCACGAAGUGAGCAUCGGCGACUACGUGCUCACGGGCGGGGAGCUGCCGGCGAUGGUGAUGGUCGAUGCUGUUUCGCGCUUCAUCCCCGAUGUGGUCGGUUCGGCGGAAAACGUGCAGGAGGACAGCAUCACCUCCGGGUUGCUGCAACACCCGCUAUACACCCGCCCCGCCGACUUUCGGGGUAUGGAGGCUCCCGAAAUCCUGCGGUCCGGCAACCACGCCGCCAUCGAUCAGUGGCGCCGCCGCCAGUCGCUGGAACGAACCUUCCGCCUGCGGCCCGACCUGCUGCCCGCCGCCCACCUCAGCAACUCCGACCGAGCCUACCUGGCCCAGUUGGGCUGGCCCGUCGACGGCAACGAGCCGUUGGCAGAAUAA